GUCGCUUCUACAAGUCUUUAUUUUAUUUUUCUCUCUCCAUCUUCCUGCUAUCUCUGUGGAGAAUGAUGGAAUGGAGAUCUAUCAUAAAGGGCUUAAUCAGUACCCUUCUCUCUUGUACCUUGAUGGUCGGGGUUCAGAAUUGCACCAGUCUCAAAUCCGCGAUAGUAUAGACAGUGACGAUAUCGACCAGAUCGUCCAAAAUAUUAACUCAUAUAUUGAACUUCGUAAAUUUUCUGUUAAUUUGGACUAUGAAUCUACAUUAAAUUUAUUGUUAUCGAAGAACAGAAACGUGAAUAUUAACAACUGGAGUGGUAAAAGUGCCUUGCAUUUAGCAGUAGCUAUAAAGAACAAAAACAUAACCAAAGCUCUUCUUAGAAACGGAGCUAAUGCCAAUACGCAAGACAAAUUCGGGAACACACCUUUGACGACCGCUGUUUGGAACGGUGAUGAAUCAAUUGUAAAUUUAUUGUUGUCAAACAACGCAAGCGUGAAUACUCAGUAUGACUUGUUAGCAUUCACUAUCUUGCAUUUAGCAGUAAUUAAAAGGAACCAGAAAAUAGUCAAAGCUCUUCUUAACAACGGAGCUAAGAUCGAUCACCAGGGAUAUUUCAGAAUGACACCUUUGAUGAUCGCUGUUUGGAAUGAUGAUGAAGGUAUGGUAAAUUUAUUAUUGACGAAUAAUGCAAGUGUGGAUUUAAAGAACAAUAAUGGUAAUACAGCCUUGCAUUUAGCAAUAAUUAAAAACAACAUAAACAUAGCUAAAUCUCUUAUUAAUAGCGGAGCUGAUGUCAAUGUCCAGGGAAAAAACCUGAUGACGCCUUUGUUGACCGCCGUUUGGAAUGGCGAUGAAGCUAUUGUAAAUUUAUUGUUGUCAAAGAAAGCAAGUGCUGAUUUAAAGAACCGGAUUGGUAUCACCCCCUUCUAUUUAUCAAUAAUUAAAAAAAACAUGAACAUGGCCAAAGCUCUUAUUAGUAGCGGAGCAAACGUCAAUGUCCAGGGAUAUGACGGGAUGACACCUUUGAUGACCGCAGCUUCCAAUGGCGAAGAAGCUCUAGUGAAUUUACUUAUUUCAAAAAAUGCUUCUUUAGAAAUAAAAAACGCUUUUGGUAACGCUGCAAUACACUUUGCGGCUUGGAGUGGAAACAUUAAAGUCAUUAAGAUGCUUCUUGGUCAUGGAGCGGAUGUUAAUAGUAAAGGAGAAAAUGGUGAGACACCUCUACACUCUGCAGUUCGGAAGAGCAACAAAAAUUUGAAACACAGGAAGAAGCCGCUAUCUUUAAAAGGGCUGAACGUCUUGGUAAUGCAGAUUCUCUUGGAACACGGGGCCGAAAUAAAUUCGCAAAAUUAUCUUGAGCAAACAGCGCUCCAUGAAGCUGCAGCUUUAGGCGACGCUCCAAUCGUUGACUACCUGCUAUCCCAGAACGCCAGCUUCAAUAUCCAAGAUUACGUUUGUUUUACGCCACUCCAGUGGGCAGCUAAUAAUGGGAAUGUUGAUGUGAUAAAGAGCUUGUUGGCGCACGGGGAUGAUGUAAACAGAAAAGGAUGCAAUGGUGUCACAGCCUUACACCUAGCAAUCAGAAGAAAUGACACUAAUUUUAUUAAAUUUCUCCUCUCAAAGAAUGCUGACACGAACGCGAUGAGCGAAGAUGGGCGAACGCCUUUAGAUUUAGCUUUCAAUCCUCUAUCUAAAGAAAUUAUAAAAUUACUUCUUUCUCAUGGAGCCCGAGUGGAAGACAAUAGCUACUUAGGAUCGAAAAUUCUAUUCGAUGCUGUUUCUAAUAAAUCAAUAGAAAUAACAAGUCUUCUGUUGGAUAAUAUUAGAAAUUUCAACGCCUAUCCCACAGUCAUUCUUAACCAUGCCAUUGUAACAGGGUUUUCAGAAGGAUUCAAUAUGCUAAUCUCUCAUGGAGCAAACAUUGUAGAUAAAGACAUCCAUGGCAAUCUUCCCCUUACUUUAGCAGUUAUGUCAAGAAGUGCUGAGUUCAUUAAAUUAAUUUUAGAAACAGGAUCGAAUAAAAUCGAUAAGAAGAAUUUUCACAACUUUUUAGAUGCAGAUUGUGAAGUAAAACUUUUUAAAAAACGGAACGACGUUCUACAGAUCCGUAAUGCGACGGCACUCCACGUUGCAUCCUAUUACGGUCUCAAGGAUCUUGUCAGUCCGUUGAUAUCAUACGGUGCUUCAUUAGAUGUUGGAGAUGAACGAAGAUAUUCCCCACUCCACUAUGCCAUCGAUAAUGACCACGUAGAAGUUGUGAAAGUGCUUUUGGAUUCUGGAAGCAAUAAAAGUGCUGCCGAUAUGAACGCCACUACUCCGUUACAUAUCGCCAGCAAAAAAGGCCUUAUCCCAAUUGUUAAAUUACUACUUUCCGACCCACCGGCUCCCAUAGACCAGGCUGACAACAAUGGAUACACACCUCUUCAUUUUGCGGCUAUGAACGGAUCUCUAGAAAUAGCUAAGUUGUUACUGAAUCUUAAUGCCGAUAAAGAAGCUAGGACUAUUGAUUUCAAAACUCCACUACACUUGGCUUCACGUGAGGGACAUGAGGAAAUAAUUAAAAUCUUAUUGAGGGCAGGAGCUGAAAAAGAUGCAUCUGACGUUGAUGGUAUGACGCCACUACAUUUUGCCUCGAGAGAAAAGCACUUGAAAGCAGUUGAGAAGUUGGUUUUUUCAAAUGCUUACGUCAAUAGCAGAAACAAAAACGGGAGCACACCAUUGCAUCUGGCGUGUGAACGGAGCACCAAACCCGUAGGUGAAAUAAUAGCUAUUGUUUACAAUCUUAAAAUAUUCAAUGCAGAUCUCAAUGCGAAGGACAAUAACCUAAUGACUCCAUUACAUAUUGCAUCGAUAGACAACUCCUCAGAAGUCAUUGAGCUCAUUGUAGAAGAAGGAGCUGAUCGAUUUAGUCGGGACGUGUUCCUCAACUUGCCUAUCCAUUACGCCGCAUUAUUCGGCCAUUAUAAUGCAAUAAUUAAGUUAUUUCAGAUAGAUAACAUUUUCGGUCUAUUUAUACGUGACUUCAGUCACAGUAUAUCUGUGAAUAUUAAUAAAGAAACCCCUUUGUUCUUAGCCGCGAGGGAAGGGCACACUAGGGUGGUGGCUUUGCUCUUGCAGGUCGGAGUCGAAAGUAUUCAGCCUGACACCAAAGCAAGAACUGCUUUGCAUCGCAGCGCUGCCAGAGGUCACUUGGAAGUAGUAAAACUCCUUCGCCAAUCCCUUUUAAAUAUAGAAAAGAAAGAUAAGUGGGGAUUUACAGCAUUGAACUACGCUGCUUCUUGGAAAGGACACCAGGAUGUUAUAGGAAGCCUUUCGACAAAUCAAUCAGACAUCACAUUAUCAUAUUAUUUAAAGAAAUCAAAUCCUUCGGGAAAAAAUUUGGACAAGCAAACCCAAAUACAGGUAAAAAAAUUAGCUGGUAUAACGCUAGGAAUACCUUAUUCUUUUAAUCUAAACACAGGAAAGUUCCAGUACAUUUAUUCACCUUAAAAUAUGUAAAAAAAAAAAAAAAAAAAAAAUUAAAUAAAAUAAAUUUUCAUUUUUUUUGUUAUUAUAGUUUUCUAUUUCAUAAUUACCUACCGUAAAAUUAUACUCCUUUUUAAUGUCUUCUCAUGUUCUCUUUCCCUAAUAGACAACCUUGGCCGAAAGAGAGUAAAAAGAGGGGAGGGUUCGCUCUCUCCCCAAUAAAAAUAAAGAUAGGGCGAGAAUAUAUGUUCACCCUCCCUCCCUACCAAUAUUUCGAAGAAGAAAUUUUCAUAAAUUAAAAAAAAAAUAAAAUAAAAUCAAUAACAAUUAAUAUAUAUGAAUGAAUAAAAUAUGUAAUCUAAAAUAAAUUAAGCAAAAAGGAAAAGUUGAUUUAGAUGGCUGAGGGCUAAAAGUAAGAUACUCAAGUAUUUUACUAACGACUAUGUUCAUAUUACAGACAUUUUAGUUUUUAUUCAUAGAUGAUAAUAUUUAAAGGAAAGAGUUGGUUCGGGGUGGCAUUCAUAAAUAGGCUGAAUAGUGGCAAAACUAUUUUAUUAAAAGCCAACGUUUCGACCCGACUUUGCACGAUUUCUUCAGGGCUAGAACGGACAAGAUACAAAAAAAUAAAGAAUUGUGGAAGUUACAUAAUAUUUAGACAAAAAAGUAUAAACAAUCUGAACAAGCUCAUUAAAAUUAUAAACAAUAAUUACAUUAAAAUAUAAACAGAAUAAGCUAAGUAACAAGAUCCUAAAACGAAGUAAAUAGAUGGUAACAAUUGUUGUAGUGUAAUAUAUAAUAUACGCAAAUGUCAGUAUACUUCUACAGAUCUACAGGAUACAUUGAAAGAAAAGGAAAAAGGAUAUAAUAUGAAAUAAUAGACAUAAGGGGAU